GAGUAUCUGAAGUGACCACAGCUGCAGUUAAAAUCUUGCCUGCACCGGAAUUAGACCAAGUAGGUACGUGCUAGCGUACGUGCCUACAAAAUUUACGAUUAACAUCAGUGGAUGCAGUUCUUGCGCUAAUUUCGGACAACCUUGAACGGCCGGUAGGUCGUUUGUGUAUGCAUUUCGCAGUUGGGCGGUUUGACAAUCUUCAAACUGGCAAGGGACUGGUCACGGCAGUGAGCAGUCCGCAGAGGGAGUCAACUGUAACAUAUGGGCUAUUGGUUUCCUGUUUUUUCCGAGCAAAGAGCCACCGAAAAUGAAAUUUCAAUGAGUUCAUUGACAGUGCGGUGAUGGGUCGUGACAUGCAGGGUCAUUUUCAUCGAUCUCAGCACAUUCAUUUGGAUUUUGGCUACGAUCUUCGAAUAAGUAGCGUUGUCAUUAUACGCAAUACUAGGUGUAAAGGUAAAACAAGUGCAUUGGAAAAUGUUUAUGCGAUCGGGCAGGUGUUACGUUGAAUAAUUAGCAAACUCAUGUCACUGAAGAACAUUAGUUUCGAACGGAACGUUGACGGGAUCGGAUUUCGGAAUGGUGUUGGUGCUAGGUGUGUUUUUCGUGGUGCUCUGCUGGGUGCUUUUCGUGAAUCAUCGAAGAAAGUAUAAAUUCGCGGAUGCUUUACCCUCUCUGAAGCCGGUCUAUCCUUUAAUAGGAAACGCGGAUAUCAUGUGGAAAAGUGAUACUAAGCGGUUUGACACACUUGUGAAGAUAUUCAGCGAUCACGACCGGCUAGUUAAGGUUUGGGCAGGGCCACAGUUGCUGAUUUUCACGUGCCAUCCGGAUCUGGUGCAGCAGAUUCUGACUAGUAACGAUUGUUUGGAGAAGCCGUUCCUGUAUAGCUUCGCUGGAUUUGAACGGGGACUAUUCACAUCGAAGUACAAACUAUGGCGUACCAUGCGCAAACGGCUCAAUUCCAGCUUCAACCUGCGCAUCCUGCAUGGGUUCAUUCCGGUUUUCGAGCAGUGCGCCCGACAAAUGGUGGCAAAUCUGAGCGCAAACCCAGACGGAACGGUGGUCAGUAUGCACAAAUUCACAUCGGUUUGCACGCUGGAAAUGGCCUGUGGAACGACUCUGGGCAGUGAUAUCACCAAGAGGAAGGGAAAGGAGGAGUUUGUUCACGGUUUGGAUAUAGCUUUCGGAGAAGCGGCCAGAAGAAUGGUGAGCGUUCACCUCUACCCGGAUGUCGUUUAUCAUCUGACCAACUAUCACAAGGAUCUCAUACAGGCUCGAGAAGUGGUGUGCAAUUUCUUCAAUAGACUUGUAUCCGAGAGACGUAUUACAAGAAGUUUGAAUUGUGUUAAUACUAGCAAUGGUAACGAAAUAGAUGACGAUCACAAACCAAAGAUUUUGAUUGAUCAAUUGCUGAGUACAUCUGAGGAUGGUAAAUCAUUCAACGAUACUGAAAUCAAAGACAACAUCUAUGCGGUUAUCACCGGGGCCAACGACACAUCCGGACUGCUGAUUGCUCACGCCUGUUUGUUCUUGUGUUUCUACAAGGAUAUUGAACAGAAACUGUUUGACGAAAUCAUGGAGUUCAUGCCCAACGAAGAGGUCGAAAUGAACGCCGAGAAUUUGAAGCAGUUGACUUACUUGGAAAAAUUCCUUAAAGAAUGCCUCCGCCAUUGCCCGGUGGCGCCAAAUAUUUCCCGGGAAAACAUGGCCGAAAUUGAAGUCGACGGAAUUAAAAUACCGCCGGGAAACAUUUUCGUCAUGAACUUCUAUGCCUUGCACCGAAGGAAGGACAUUUGGGGUCCGGAUGCGGAUAAAUUCGACCCGGAACAGUUUUCGGAAGAGCGAUCACGGGAUCGCCAUCCCUUCGCAUAUCUGCCUUUCAGUGGUGGAAAUCGUAUAUGCAUUGGAUGGCGCUAUGCAAUGUUCAGCAUGAAGGUAAUGCUGAUCCACUUGAUCAGGAACUUCCGGUUUGAAACGGAAAUUCGGCCGGAGCAAGUGCGUUAUAGGCACGAUUUGACGAUGAAACUUCCGUUCGAUCACAUGAUAAAGGUGAUCAAGCGACGACGAGAAGGUUCGACGGUAACACGUGAUAUUUUAAAGCACCCCGAGCCAGUGCAUAAAAAUGGACGGAAUUGAAAUUAUUACAACUGUGACCAAGUUGGAAAAUACAGUUUUAUAGUUUUGAUUGUACUUAAGGACUGCAAUUUUAGUAAGGCUAUUAGAUAUAUGUUACGUUACACGCUCAUGUGAAUUACACAAUAAA